CAACGUUCCUUUUUUAUUGUCCGAAUUCGAUUUCCCGGCGCACGGAUUUCUAACUCCUGCAUCAUGAGGCUCCUGGCCGCCCUCCUCGUUCUCUGCCUUCUUCUGGACGGCACUCUCUGCGUCCGAGUUCCGGUCAACAUUCCCCCUAGCGUAAGCGUCGGAGAUCGGAAUCCCAGCCUCAGGACGGCGGUCUUCGCCCUCGGGAGCUUCUGGAGAGCCGAGGCCGUCUUCGGAUGCCUGCAGGGCGUCGAGCGCACCACCGCCGGUUACGCCGGAGGGACGAAGGCCCGACCGGAGUUCCGGAGCUUGGGAGAUCACGCGGAGGCGGUUCAGGUUGAGUAUGAUCCUAAGACAAUCAGCUUUAAACAGCUUUUGGAUAUAUUUUGGUCCAGUCAUGAUUCCCGGCAGGUUUUUGGCCAAGGCCCUGAUGUAGGCAAUCAGUACAGGUCUAUAAUUUUUACUAACGGAACUGAGGAGGCAAGGUUGGCUUCUGUGAGCAAAGAAAAGGAGCAGGCUAAAUCAAAAAGCAGUUUGGUAACUACAAUUAUUAUGCAGUUGGUGGAGUUUUAUCCUGCAGAAUUUGAACAUCAGAAGUUUGAGCUCCGGCGGAAUCCCUUCCUGCUCCAGCUGGUAGGUGGUAUGACGGAGGAGAUCGCAGCAUCAAACUUCGGCGCAAAGUUGAACGGCUACGCUGCCGAGCUCUGCCCCCCUGACAUCCAGAGAAGGAUGGAUGCGAAGAUUGAGAAUAUCGUUAGCAAGGGCUGGCCCGCUUUGAGAGAGUUCUAACAAGCCUUUGUUCCGGGAUAACAGCACGAGCAGCGGCCAAAGCUCUCAGCAUCUGCUUGAUGGAGGCGUCUGAACUUUUCAGUGAAGUAUAUGAACAGAAUGUCCUUCCAGGCCAUCCGAUUUUUGUUCUACAAUCAAGUAAAUCAUAUAUCA